GCGAGAGCCGCAUCGCAGCAACAUCUGACAGAAUGCGCCGUCUGAUCACAACAUGAGCAUUCGUCGUAACAACCAGUCAUGUUUGCACUACUCUUAGCCGCGCCAACGUGCCUCUUCCGCCGCAUGUCUUAGAGCACUGACAGAUAACAUGCCAAUAUGAGAUCGAUACCCCGAGACCAAUUGAAGGUGCCAUUUCUAGCAUUCCAGAAGUUAACCAUAGUAUGCAAAAUAUGUACAGGAUUCCUCUGUCCUCCCGUCGCGUCAUCAAACAUCCCUUGCUUACCCUGAACCGCGCUUCUUAAGAGCGGCCUUACCCCUGCAGCGCAAAAAUCAACACGACGCCAUCACCAACCAACCCAAGUCAAUAACAGCGCAAUACCAAACCCUCUCGCACUCGAUUCCAAGCCAAAAUGCACAUCCAAGCUCUAUCCUUCAGCAUCGUGACCUUUCUCGCCUCCAUCGGCGUCCGCGCGCAAGUGCACAAAGACCCCUACCAUAUUUCAGCCUUCGGGCGACCCAAUGGCAUCGACGCCGGGAACAAAGUCUGCGGUGGCGCGUGUGUUACCGAUCCGAAUGCUUUGGCCUGUAAGCAUAUUGAGUUUCGUCCGCAGCUCGGAUGCUUUGAGUGCUGUCUCUCAGAUGAUGACUUGGAUCAUCUUGACUUCCACAAUAAAGCUGUGCCGGACUUUGAUGAUGACACUGACUAUGACACGGAUGAAGAUUGGGACUAAUGCUCUACUAUUGGUGCUUUGAGGCGAUGUUCAGUGAUUGAUGUAAUCAUGCUGCAAGAAACAGGUGUUCCAGCC